UCAAUUGCCAAGAUUCAAAAAUAUAUGAAGAAUUAUUUUUUGGUAAAAUAUAUGAAGAAUUAUAUCAAAACCGAAGAAAAGAACAAGAUAUGAAAGUACCACAAAAGCCAAAGAUAAUAUUCAUCCCUUACCCGGCGCAAGGCCAUGUCACUCCGAUCCUCCACCUCGCGUCGGCCUUCCUCAGCCGUGGGUUCUCCCCUGUCGUUAUGACUCCCGAGUCUAUCCACCGUAGGAUCUCGACGACUAACGAGGAUCUUGGGAUCACGUUCUUGGCCUUAUCAGACGGUCAAGAACGUCCGGACGCACUUCCCUCGGACUUCUUCUCCAUAGAGAGGUCGAUGGAGAACAUCAUGCCGUCUCAGCUUGAACGAUUCCUACUAGACGAAGACGCGGGCGUGGCUUGUGUUGUGGUUGAUUUGUUGGCUUCGUGGGCUAUAAGAGUGGCUGAUCGGUGUGGUGUUCCUGCUGCCGGAUUCUGGCCGGUGAUGCUCGCUGCUUACCGUAUGAUCGAAUCCAUACCAGAGCUAGUAAGGACAGGCAUAGUUUCCCGAAAAGGCUGUCCUCGACAACCAGAAAGACCAUUACUCCUACCGGAGCAACCGCUCCUAUACGCCGGAGAUCUAUUGUGGCUUAUCGGUACUCCGACGGCUCAAAAAAGACGAUUCAAGUUCUGGCAGAGAACUCUAGAACGAGUAAAAAGUCUCCGGUGGAUCUUGGUAAACUCCUUCAAAGACGAAUAUGAACGUGAAUUCAUUAUUAAAGACAAUAACAAUCCAAACCCUAAAAUUCUUUACGUUGGUCCAUCACAUAACCAAGCAGCAACAAGUGAUAAAACUUUGACCAAGAACCCUAGUUUCUGGGAAGAAGACAGAUCUUGUCUUGGUUGGCUACAAGAACAGAAACCAAACUCAGUUAUUUACAUCUCAUUUGGAAGCUGGGUUUCUCCAAUAGGAGAAUCAAAGAUUAGAACGUUGGCAUUAGCGUUGGAAGCGUCAGGAAGACCUUUCAUUUGGGCAUUAAACCGGGUUUGGCAGGAGGGACUUCCACCAGGGUUCGUCCAUAGAGUCAAGAACCAAGGAAGGAUCGUGCCAUGGGCCCCGCAGAUUGAAGUUCUUAAGAACGACUCAGUUGGUUGUUACCUGACUCAUUGUGGCUGGAACUCAACCAUGGAGGCGGUGGCAAGUUGUCGGAGGCUAGUGUGUUAUCCCGUAGCCGGUGACCAGUUUGUGAACUCUAGAUACAUUGUGGAUGUGUGGAAGAUCGGGGUGAGAAUAAGCGGUUUUGGAGAGAAGGAGGUUGAGGAUGGGUUGAGGAAAGUAAUGGAGGAUGAAGAGAUGGGUGAGAGAUUGAAGAAGUUGAGAGAUAAAGCAAUGGGGAAUGAAGCUCGUUUGUGUUUGGAUAAUACUUUUACCAUUUUCAAGGAUGAUAUUUGUGGAUAAAAUAUUUGAUUAUCAUUUUGAUUGAACCAUUGCAUUUUUUGACUUUUAAGAUA